GAAGAGAACAUUCACCACUCUCACUCAUCAGUGUCCAACAAUGGCAACAUCUAUCAAAGAAAUUUUCUCCAAAGAUAAUUUCAAGAAAAACAAGAAACUUGUUUUACUAUCAGCCGCCGUUGCAUUGCUCCUCGUGGCUGCCGUCACCGGAAUCGCCGCCGGAGCUUCAAAAGCCAACGGAAACAGAAAACGACCUCUAUCACCGUCAUCUCACGCCGUGCUAAGAUCUGCUUGCAGCUCCACUCUUUACUAUGACCUCUGCGUCUCCGCCGUGGCCAUUUCUGGCGGCGUCAAACUUACGUCGCAGAAAGACGUCAUUGAGGCAUCGCUUAACCUAACAACAACCGCCGUGGAACACAAUUACUUCACCGUGAAGAAACUGAUCAAAAACAGGAAAGGACUGACUCCCCGUGAGAAGACGGCGCUUCAUGACUGUUUGGAGACUAUUGAUGAGACCCUUGAUGAGCUUCAUGAGGCACUGGAAGAUCUCCAAAUGUAUCCUAACAAGAAAACCCUAAGGGAACACGCCGGUGAUCAAACCCUAAUAAGCUCUGCCAUUACCAACCAGGAGACUUGUCUUGACGGAUUCUCUCAUGAUGAUGCUGAUAAGAAAGUCCGUAAGGUCUUGUUGAAGGGUCAGGUACACGUCGAGCACAUGUGCAGCAACGCACUAGCGAUGAUCAAGAACAUGACUGAUACCGACAUAGCCAAUUUCGAGCUAAAAGCUAAAUCCUUCUCAAACAACCGUAAACUCGAGGAGGAGGAUACCACAAUGGCCGUAGAUAUUGCCGGCGCCGGAGAAAUAGACGCAGAGGGGUGGCCUACUUGGUUAUCGGUAGGAGAUAGGAGGCUUCUUCAAGGGUCAAGAGUGAGAGCCGAUGCUACCGUGGCUGCUAACGGUAGCGGUAAAUUCAAGACUAUUGCGGCUGCGGUUGCAGCGGCCCCGGAUAAUAGUAAUAGGAGGUAUGUGAUACAUAUAAGAGCUGGUGUUUAUAGAGAGAAUGUGGAAGUGUCGAAGAAGAAAAAGAAUAUAAUGUUCAUGGGAGAUGGUCGGACAAGAACUAUUAUUACUGGAAAUAGAAACGUCGUCGACGGUAGCACCACAUUUCACUCCGCCACCGUUGCUGCUGUCGGCGAGAGGUUUCUAGCGCGUGACAUCACUUUCCAAAACACGGCAGGUCCGUCGAAGCACCAAGCGGUGGCUCUCCGUGUCGGUUCUGAUUUCUCCGCUUUUUACCAAUGUGACAUGUUAGCUUACCAAGACACUCUCUACGUCCAUUCAAACCGUCAGUUCUUCGUCAAGUGCCUCAUCGCCGGAACUGUCGAUUUCAUCUUCGGAAAUGCCGCCGUCCUCCUCCAAGACUGCGACAUCCACGCUCGCCGACCAAGCUCCGGCCAGAAAAACAUGGUCACUGCCCAAGGAAGGACUGAUCCUAACCAGAACACAGGGAUCGUUAUCCAAAAAUGUAGGAUCGGUGCCACGUCGGAUUUGCAGCGCGUGAAAAGUCAUUUCCCGACAUAUCUUGGUCGGCCAUGGAAAGAGUACUCUCAGACAGUAAUCAUGCAGUCGGAUAUCUCUGACGUGAUCCGACCCGAAGGGUGGUUCGAGUGGACCGGGACUUUUGCGUUGAAUACUUUGACUUAUAGAGAGUAUGCGAACAGAGGAGCAGGGGCGGGAACUGCAAGGAGAGUGAAGUGGAGAGGCUUUAAGGUAAUCAGGACUGCUGCUGAAGCUCAGAGAUAUACUGCUGGUCAGUUUAUUGGUGGUGGAGGCUGGUUACGUUCGACUGGUUUCCCUUUCUCGCUAGGUCUUUGAGAUGUUGUUGUUGUGAAGUGUUGUAGUCUACAUAUAUUGUUGGUUGAAUGAUUAUUGAUUUUAUCAAUAAAAAUUAAAAUGUGUUUGUGUUGUCUA